UGGCUGGUGCUUUUUGCUGCUGCUGCUGCUGCUUUACUUUCUCAGCCAGACAAAGCUGUGGCAGACUGUGCUGGGCAGGGGAAUUACUGAGAAUCCAGUGAUCCCUGGGGAGCAGGAACAGCAGCUGGUGUGUGUGUGUGUGGGGGGGACAUUGACACCCCUACAGUGGCUCACCCGGCAAACUGCCCCCACCAGCUCCGUGCCCUGCGGGUGGGGCUGUUAAAGUAACAGGAAUUUGCUCUGCCCCAACCAGCCAGGGACACAGACUGGUACUUCAACUUCCCGCUACUUUGGUACUUUCAGUUUUGAAGUGCGCAGAAGGUCCAGACAGGGAGGAGGCUCAGCCCCGUCAAUUCAGCUACAAAUGUAAACAAAAAUAACAAUGAAGGGUCGGCUCUCAAACCCUCCAGCUUUGUAACCCUGUGUGCAGAACUAGUGCUCCAGCCUCGAGCGGUUUGGAUAUUGCAGAUCCCAGGGGCACAGACAUGCCUCACUGAAUUCAUCCCUGACAUUGCACCAACGCUGGAGACAAUGAGGACCAAGCUACGAUGACAAGGAAGGUUCCCUUGUUCUCUCCCAGCUCCACAGUGAGCUCCGCUCUGCCUGGCUAUGUCGCUCUCUGCCUCACUCUACAGGUUCACAGACUGGCGUCAGCACAAUUCAGAGUGACUGGACCUGACCGUCCAAUCACUGCCUCCCUAGGUGGGGAGGCCGUCCUGCCCUGCCACCUCUCCCCUAGGAUGAGCGCUGAGAACCUGGAGCUGAGAUGGUUCCGAUCCAAGUACUCACUAGUUGUGCACCUGUACCAUGAUGGGCAGGAUCAGUAUGGAGAACAGAUGCCAGAAUAUCGAGGAAGAACUGAGCUCUUGAAAGACGACAUCACCAAUGGGAGAGUUUCCCUGAGAAUACACAAUAUCCGACCCUCCGAUGAUGGGCAGUACAAGUGUUUUUUUAAAUCCAGUGUCUCUUAUGAAGAAGCUUUAUUGGAACUGCAGGUGGCAGGUUUGGGCUCUGCUCCUGCCAUCUCUGUGGAGGGACAUCAGGAUGGAGGGAUCUGGGUUGUGUGUCGAUCAGCCGGAUGGUACCCACAACCCGAGGCUCAGUGGAGAGAUCUCCAGGGGCAGGUCUUACGAUCAGCCUCUGAAAACAUAUUCCAAGAGGCCAAUGGCCUGUUUCAAACAGAGAUUGCCAUUGUUAUAACAGAAGAGUCCAACCAGAAAGUGUCCUGCUGUGUCAGGAACCCGCGACUCAACCAGGAGAGAGAGUCAGUGAUUUCCAUUGCAGAGCUGUUUUUCCCACGAGUCAAUCCUUGGAUGGUGGCUCUGGGGGUGAUGCUGGCUGUUCUCUUUCCCCUGGCCAGUUACUGCUUCUGGAGGCAACACAGAGUGAAAGAGGCUCUGCGAUCUGACAUGAAGAGACAGAAAGAGGAAUAUGAGGCAGUGAAAGAACUGGGACUCACCAGAGCCCGAAGCUAUGCAGUGGACGUGACUCUGGAUCCAGACACGGCAAAUCCCUGGCUUAUCCUGUCUGAGGAUCGGAAACGUGUGAGACGCGGAAACAAAUGCCAGGAUCUGCCCAACAACCCUGAGAGAUUUGAUCAUUGUUACUGUGUCCUGGGCGCUGAGGGGUUCACGGGCGGGAGGCGUUACUGGGAGGUGGAGGUGGGACUCAAGACAGGCUGGGACCUGGGGGUUUGUAGAGAAUCUGUGCGCAGGAAGGGGAAGGUCACAUACACACCUGGGAAUGGAUACUGGGUCAUGUGGCUGAGGGAUGGGAAAUAUAAGGCCAGCACCUCCCCCUGUACCCUCCUUUCCGUGAGCAUCAGGCCAAAGCAGGUGGGGAUUUUCCUGGACUGUGAGGCAGGCGAGGUCUCGUUUUACAAUGUGACUGACAGGUCCCAUCUCUUCACUUUCACUGACACCUUCUCCGGGACACUCCGCCCUUAUUUCCAUCCCUAUCGCUCGGGUAAAAACGCGGCUCCCCUGAUAAUAUGCCCGGUCCCAGCUGAGGCUGGAGGGAAUCUCUGUCCCUGACAGUGACCCCACAGCACAGACUGUCCCUUCCUAGUGCCACUGAUCUUCCCGCCCCCAGUGGUGGGGGCCAGUUACUGCAGGAACUGGACUUUUUGUGAUGACCGGAUGCUACCAGUUUCCCUUUUCAGCUGGAGGUUCUAGUUGAAAACCAGACACCUGGCAACCCCCAGCCCUCACCUUUCCCCAUCCCCUGCAACAGGGGUAGCAGAUGGUGAUGGAUGGGGGUCAUUCACUCCUGUCAGUAUUUUCUACCCCGGUGAAAUCUUAAUAUAAAAUAUGAAGGAAAAAAGAUUAUUCUAUUUAAGAAAAUAGUAUUGUAACAAGGUGUAAAUACAAAAGCAUUUUAAUUUACAUUUCAACCGUAUUUCAAAAACAAGCAUCUAAAUGUAUUUUUAGAAAUGGAAUUAUUUACAUUUAUUUUUUGAUUCUUCCCUGAAAACUAUAUUGAAGUUUAACUUCUCUAAAUAAUAUCAUUUAUCUCAACAAAAUAAACUAUUAAAUUGUCAGACUGGGUUGUUCAGUGACAAUGUACAUGUGUUAUAAACAUCACAACUACACACAUGUGCAGCUGCUCUCUCUCUCUCUUUAUUGUUUUGACUGGUUCUCUCU